AUGCCAAACUCAGGAAGAGGCAGCCAGAAUUCUCGCCCACCAGCCAGUGUCCGUCGGCACAUGUGCAGCUUUGAAAAAUCCCACGCUGCAGUGAAUGUUUCUAAUGGAAAGUCUGUGUCAUGGUCUGAACCAGGUGGAAGACAAGUUCCCAAGGGGCAACACAUGUGGCACAGACUCUCAGUGCAUGUGAAGAGCCAGGAGUCAGGAUGCAAUCAGACAGCGGUGAUCAAGCCCCUCACUAAAAGCUACCAUGGCCAAAGCAAAAGCAUGACUUUUUCAGACAUCAGCAGUAAGACUCUAUACAAUGUGGUGGAGGAAGAGGAGAAUGAGCCGGCACGCUUCAACCAGCCCAGCAGCCCUUCCAUGGUGGUGCACAGACGGGUGAUGACGACACCCCCACUCCAGGCAAUGGCAGAAGAAACCCACCUGUUCUUACCCGAACAGACCCCCAAAAGCCUGCCCCCACAGCAGAAGUCCAUUAUGGAGCAGCUGCAAGGUGUGGUCAACAAGUUUGCCACUGGCAUUCCCGACUUCAACUCUGUUAUCCCUGUGCCUAAUGCUGGGAAUGGAGUGAGGCCCCUCUACCCACCUCCACUGCUGCUGCAGCAGCAGGCACUUCCUCUCCAGAUGGCGUCUUUCAGUGAAGAGCCGGUCUCGCCUCCAGCCGAGGAGGCAGAAAGUGAGAAGCUUAAGCUUAUUCAGGGAUAUGUGUAUGAGAGGCCAGAUAACCCAGAGGAUGAGGAGGAAGAGAAAGAGCAGGCAACCAGCAAGCUGACUCUCGAAGACUCGCCGGCACUGACACCCCCAUCGCCUUUCCGAGAUUCAGUGGCUUCCGGCAGUUCUGUGCCCAGCUCCCCCGUGUCAGAGUCAGUGCUCUGCACCCCUCCAGAUGUGACCUAUGCUUCGGUCAUUUUGAGAGAUUACAAGCAAAGCUCAUCCACCCUGUAGAAUGGGAGGCCCACGUCAAGAUGUGAACCAAGACAACUUUGGCUGCUGUCAACUCUAAGUUACUUGGGGGGAAAAAAGCACCAACCUAUGUGAGAGAGAGCAGAAUGUGAUGUCACAUAUGGUGGGUCAAAAACUGUUUCCUGCACUAAAAAAAAAGAUCCAUUUGAGGGCUCAAAUUCUUUAGCUAUUAAAAAUAAUAAUGAAAGUAUUGUAUUUUGAGAGGGGGAUAAAAAAUUCUGACAAAGCACAAACCUAAUAAUCAACUUCUAUAGCAAAAAAAGCGAAUAAUCAUAAACACACACAACACACUCUCGGCAAUGCUUGACUGAAAAGGACUCUGGAAAUGCAACCAUAAAUAAGUCAUCAACACAUCUCAUGGCUGUAAACUUCAUCUGGUGCAGGAGCUGGAAGGGCAGAGGGUGGCAAGGAGAGGUGAAGAGAUCUGUGUAUAAGAGCUUAUGGCUUUGUGACUGGAACAAAGUAUGCCAAUGCGUGUUUGUGGGUGAGCAGCGCCAAUAACCCAUGGGCACAAUUUUAAAAGAGUUCUAUUAGAACAAUCAGCUCCUCACAUUUAGAUUUUUUCUUGUGCUGAUUUUGAAAAGGGGCCAAGAUAAUUGUGAUUUUUAUUUUUUGUGAUGAAGACUCAAAACGUCUGGUGGAAAGAGCCUUUGCUGUAGUACUUGUAAUGUGCUGAGGACUUUAAAAAUCUGCCCUUUUGUGUAAGAUUGCAAGCCAUGUGGCUAAACUGUUACACUACAUUUACUGUAGCAAACCAAUAUUUACCAACUAACCUUUCAUAAUACAAUAUAUUUGCCAUGUGAUUACAUUGUUUGUGUUACUCUGGAAACACAUACAUGAGAAAAAUAAUUGUAUAUUUAUAGCAACAAUUACUACUUUAAACGAAAGGCAAUUCUUUACUGUGGGUCAACAAAUUCAUUGUAGAAGCAGGAGAGUGAAUGUGUGUUUGUGUCCAUGUAUGUGUGCGCAUAGUAUGUGUGAAAUGUAAUAUCUAAUAACUGCCACUGGAAGACUGUCUUAUAAAUAUACUAUGAAUAUUUUUAUGUUCCAAUCAUGUUUUAUAUAGCAUUGUUACAAAUAUACGAUAGAUAUUUGAAGGUUUGUAUGCUGUGCUAACACAUUUUUCAUAUACAAGCUAAGACCGUUGUUACUCUUAUAAUAGGGUGCUUUAUUUUGCAGAUAUUUUAUGAUGUAGACAUAUGCUAUUGAUAACCAGUGCUUUGAGAACUUGUUACUUAAGUGUUUGCAACAAGUGUGGUUAACCAAAAAAGAAAAAAGAAAAAAAAGUCUGUUUUAGAAACUUGCACAUGCCAGUAUUAAAUCUAUAAAAGCAAGACUGAAAAAAUAUUUAGACCAUUUCUAGUUAUUUCAGAUAGUUUAAAGAAAAUCAUGUUCAAACAGGAACUCUAAUCAGUGCUUAAUGUGUAGACUAAUAUCCCGGUCUGUUCAGAAUUAUCUGUUUGUCUUUGUCUCUCUUACAUUUCCUUGUCUUUAUUUUUGCACUCAUUACCACUUUUCCUAUUUCAUUUCCCAUGCCCAUUUCUCAUGGGCAUUUUGAUGUGUUUGUUUCUUCUGUCAUUCAUGUCCUCUUCUCGCCCCUGUAUAUGAGACUAAUAAAACAAACAAACAAAACCAAAAAAUCCCAAAUUCCUAACUUAGUAGAUGUUCUAAAUUCAAAUCUAAAUGUUGUGGCUUGAGCUGAUAUACAUAGUUGUUGUUAUGUAUGCUGUUCUGCCCUGCUUGCAUAGGACAGAAUGUCCACUGGUGUAAAUUGUCAGUUUUGUUGACCUUCGCUGAUGGGAUGUCCUUUAAUUUUUACACUUUAUUUUUUGUAGACAUUUUUUGAAGUACUCCUUACAGGACAACAUAUUUAUAUAACUGUUUCUUUUUCUGAAUUAUUUACAUUUAUAUUUGAUUUCUUUCCUCUUGUUUCUUUUUAAUUAAAACAAUCCUGCUGGAAAUAAUUUAUUAUUUUCCUAAAAAUCAGCUGUUGUUGUUUUGAUCUAAUUAUACAGCCAGUAACACUAGAAGAUUUGGCCAAUACCCAAAGUGAGAAAUAAUAUUUAAUCCCUACUCUUUUUUUUCCCCUUUUGGUGACUUUCUUUUUCUUUUAUUCUGGUUUGUUGCCAGUUCUUAUCAUCAUCUUGAUGUGAAAAGUAUGAAUUGACUUUGCCCAAAGAAAGAAUUACUUCUUUGUCAAAGGAUUAAUAUCUGUGCUCUAGGAUGAAUAAAAUCUUCCUGAGGGAUUUUGUUUGCUUAAGCCUGGUUUUGUUUUUGUUUGUUUAAUAUAGAUAGCUAAUUAAAGAAAUUAUAUAAAAAAAUAAACCCUGCAAAGUUUUAUCUGUUGAUGAGUAUACGGGCAAGAGGAUUAUAUUUUCUUAUAUCUGCUGUUAGUGAAGGAUGGUUUGUAUUGCUUCCAAUAGCAUACACCAUCAGUGGCAGAGGAUUAGCACUUUCGAGGUGUGACUUUGAAUUCAUGAGGUAAAUACAAAAAAGGAUCUAUAGUGAAAUGGUAAUUUGCCUUGCUUUACCGACCUAGCUGAUUUGAACACAUUAAGCACUGACUUUAUUACUGCUAUUUAAUCAUAAUAUCAUGAGUAGGAGUUUUCUUGAGAUUCCAUAUAUUAGCUCUUAGUUUGUAAUCAGUAAGACUGGAAACAUACACAUACAUAAUGUUAUAUCUAAAGGGCAAGGACUCACCUUUGUGUAUGUGGUUGUACAAGCUAUGAAGCUUCCUGUAAAAGUUAUUCCUUUUGGCCUGUCAAAUGCUUGAUUAAAAUUGCCUUUUUUGUUGAAAUGAUCUUGGAAAUGCUGUAAAAUAAAUAUUUUCUAAUUAUUA